UUGUCGAACAUUAUUCUGGCACCCAGUACAAGCUUAGGGAUUCUACUGGGAUUCAUAUUUGUGUCUUUAACACCAGAUGUAGAUAAUGUCGGGAGUUAAUCAACACUUUUAUGGAGUUUAUAACUGAGUGGAAUUAUUUGUAAAUGAUGAUGACAGAUUUUAGACCCGGACCUCUGUAUUUCUUUGAUCAGCCAACAGGACAGGGACGUAGGAGGCGCCCCAGAAUGCCCUUGGAGCAUUGCUUUGAUCUGGCGCGCUUGGCAACAAUCAAAAGCCUAGCCACUCACAAUGAGUGCGUUAACGAUGACAACUAUGAAGAAAAUAAUGACGACAAUGCACACAAAGUGCAAAACAAGUCCUCUACCACUGGUAAACCAGAUACCUGUCCCUCUGUCAACGGAGCAUUGGACAUGGGUGGUGGUGAGAGGAAUCCGGAGGCCGCCGCCGUGCCAGCAGGCUGGCUGGAUGACAUGGACCCGAUGGAGGCAUACAAGCAUAUGGCCCCUCAGUUGUUGAGCGAGUUGGGGUGUGUGCUUUUGCAGUAUGAGGGGAGCGAGGAGGGAUGUAUUCCACACGGCCUCGUGAACGUUCUGAAUUACUCAUGGAAGGAUUUGACCGCGGGGGCAGUUUAUGUCAAACCAUCUUGGCAGUUGGGUGUCGGCAGCAGGAGUGGUGAUGGCGGGAAACCUCUCAAGUCGAAGGGCAGCAUGAAUUUAGAUGAGACUCUUCGGCAGAUUACGGGAAAGAGAAAGACAAAACAGAAACCGUCCAAGGUGGAAAAUGGGUCUGAGAAACAGCCUCAAGACUCCAAUUUGCGCAAAAGACCAUCUGUUUCCCAUGCACAAAAAGCUCAUGUGGCCACAACUAUAAGUUUCUCCAUCUCUUCAAAAACCUACGAAGAGCAAGGUUGGAUCGUCCAGCCUAAGGAGCCAACCCAUGAGGAACCUCAGUGGACUAACCUGUGUCAUUGGGUUGUAGAGAGGCUGCAACUGGCUAGGAUACCCACUAUGACUUCAUUUAGAAAACAGACAACGGAGCAGGCAGAGAGUGGGCUGAACAAACCACCCAUCCUCCGUCACUAUGGGGAUGACAAGCCACACGUUAAACACCAGCAGAAGACAGGAGGAGGAAGCGGAGGAGGAGGCAAGUUCUGGCCUUACCCCCAGAUACCAGAGGUCAAGCAGGAAGACCAGGAUUCACCGCGGCAGAAACUACACUACAGGAUCAAUGAUGGCUCCUCCUUCAUAUACUACCCGUCUGGUUUUGUAGCAGUUUGUCAGAGCCACUCUGGUCUGUCCUGUGGAGGGUUCUAUACCAACGUGUUCAGUGACCAACUCAGCCCUGUUACACUGGCCAGCAUCACCGCAGUAGGACGGGGCACCGUCACACACCCACUCAGUGGGACUGUUACUGCCGUGUGGGAUCAGCGUGGUGGGAUGACGUGUGACCCAGAAGGAGCUGUCACUAAGGAAUGGACCUGGCAGACUGGGGUGAAGGAGAGGAUAGUCAUUCAGGUGUCUGAUCACAUCUCAGUACGACUGUUGAGCGGUACCUGUGCCACCCUCAGCUUUAGGAGUCAGAACCAGAGUGUCCAGCUCCCACUGUCCCCCCUGCCCAACAUCACCCCACCUAAAGAAGCGGUGUGA